GUUCAGUUUUGUUUAAAAAAAAUGUCGGAGGGAAAUAAAAAAUUUGAGUCCUUCGGGGAGAACAGUACCACAGUCCAACCGGAAAUCGACUGGGCCACUGUCGAAGGUCAACGGUGCAAGCGCCCCUGUGUACACAUGGCUAACGCAGGUUGGAUUCCAUUGUCGUCGUUGAAGAUCUACAUUGGCAACCUGGGUCCACUUGUCAAACAGGAGAACAUCGGCCAGAUCUUUGGGCACUUCGGGGAGAUGCGAACGGUCGAGUUUCCUACCGACCGACACCCCAUCAAUCCCCAGGGACGUGGCUUUGCCUUUGUGCACUACGUCUGCCCAAGCGACUGCACACGGGCCAUCGAGCACAUGAACGGAAGAAAAGUCGGCGACACGAAUAUUGUGGUGUUGCCGUUCCAAAAACGAGAUGCCGGUUCCGGCUCCCGGUCGAGGGGAUCUCGUCGUCGUUUUGACAGCCGCAAGCAACGUUCCCCAUCGUCCCACUACAAUUCAAGCCGGUAUAGACGUGAACGUUCCCGAUCGCCUAGGUCGGAGAGCCGUCGCCGAUCCGUUUCUCGAUCGUUCACGCGUCAGCGUAGUGAUUCGCCUACGGGCGGACCCUCCUCCCCGCACUUGCCAGUGCAAUAUCUGGGUGAACCAAAGCCGCCCAAUCUGCAGCCUCUGUUCCCAAGUGCGCUGGAGACCAAUACCAACGAGAUGGAGGUUUUCCACUUCCCAGGCUCAACAGCUCUACAGGAUGCCAAGAAACGCCAUGACAAAGAAAUGUCAGAUUUAUAUAUUUACUUGGACACUAUCAAGGCCACAAUCACUAAGCCUAAUCAAGGCACCAAAUAGAAAUUACUGGCAAUCGAUAUCGGAUACCUCGAAGCAAACAGUCCCCCAGACAGUCACCCAUUCGUCAUUCGUCAGCUUCACGCUGAUGAUGUUUGAAGAUCAAACAAGA